AUGGCUGACCAGCCAAAGAAGAGAGCUAUCGUGGACAGCGGCGAUGGAGGCCUCGGCAUGGGCCUUGCCGCGUUCAUUGCAAACGGCGAGGAUCUGGGCCCCAUGAUCCGGCACGGGUUUGAUUCCGGCAAGCCAGAAGCCCUCACGCAUAGCCUCAGGAGCAUCGUGAAGAAGAAAGAGGUUGAGAUCGAAGAGCUAUGCAGGCUUCACUAUGAGGAUUUCAUCCUCGCCGUCGACGAGUUGCGCGGUGUGAUGGUCGACGCCGAGGAGCUCAAGAGCAUGUUAUCCGGUGAGAACUCGCACCUGCAGGAGGCGUCGAGUGCCCUGCUGCUGAAGCUUGACAAACUUCUUGAGUUGUAUUCAGUCAAGAAAAACGUGGGAGAGGCCAUGACGAUAUUGAAGAUCUGCGUCAAAGUCAUUACCCUGUGCAUGGCGUGCAACAAUUACAUUGCCGAAGCUAAGUUCCAUCCUGCGCUCAAGACUCUGGAUUUGAUUGAGCAUGGAUACCUGCAAAACAUUCCUGUGAAGAUCAUUAAAAAGGUGGUUGGGAGACAGAUACCGUUGAUAAAGCUGCACAUCGAGAAGAAAGCCUGUGGCGAGUUCAAUGAUUGGCUUGUUCAUAUCAGAAGGAUGUCCAAGCAGAUCGGGCAGGUGUCGAUAAGUCACGCCUCUUUGGCUCGCCAAAAAGAGGAGGAAAUGCGUGCGCGGCAGAGAGAGGCUGAAGAGCAUGGCCAUGCUGGACCAGAUCAGCACAUGUAUACCUUGGAUGCAGAGAAUACAGAUGAGGAAACAGCACUAGAUUUUGAUCUCACACCUGUUUAUCGAACGCAUCACAUCCAUGUGCGCCUCGGUAUUGGAGAGAAGUUCAGAGAUUAUUACUACAAGAACAGGCAAAUGCAACUCAGCCUGGAUAUGCAAAUUUCCACUUCGCAACCGUUCCUCGAGUCCCAUCAGCCCUUCCUUGCACAGGUAGCUGGGUUUUUUAUUGUUGAACAACGCGUCCUUCGAACUGCAGAGAGAUUGCUGACCGAGAGCCAAGUCGAAGCAACAUGGGAAACAGCCGUUGCCAAGAUGACAUCUCUACUGGAGAGCCAGUUUUCUCGCAUCGGCACGGCCAGCCACCUCCUCCUCAUAAAAGAUUAUAUCACUCUUAUGGCUGCAGUUCUAAGGAAGUAUGGUUACCAAACCACACCAUUGAUCAAUAUUCUUUCGAGAAGCCGGGACAAGUACCACCAACUGCUUCUUUCCGAGUGCCGGAGGCAGGUAGAUGAUAUCCUUGCUAAUGACUCGUACGAGCAGAUGGUUAUAAAGAAGGAAUACGAGUACAACAUGAAUGUCACAGCAUUUCAUCUGGAGCCAAGUGAGGUGAUCCCGGAGUUUCCAUAUGUGGCGCCAUUCUCCUCUUCUGUUCCAGAAGUUUGUCGCGUUGUCCGGUCCUUCGUUGAGGAUUCUGUGAGCUAUUUGUCUUAUGGUGGUGACAUGAACCUGUAUGAAGUGGUGAAAGCUUACCUAGACAGGCUAUUGAUUGAGGUAUUGAACGACUGCCUUCUCAACAGGAUGUAUGCUCGCUCAUUGGCCAUGUCACAGAUGAUGCAACUAGCAGGAAAUAUCUCUGUUCUGGAGCAUGCUUGUGAUCUGUACCUCUUGCACUGUGCCCAGCAGUGCGGCAUCCCCAAGCGCGUCGCGCAGAGGUCUCGCGCUACUUUGACUGCUCGAGCCGUGCUAAAAGCCUCGCAGAACGCAGCAUAUAAUGCCUUAAUAAACAUGGCCAAUUCCAAGAUCGAUGAUUUUAUGGUGCUCUUGGACGACGUCAACUGGAUAGUGGAAGAAACACCGGACAAUGCCAAUGACUACAUGAACGAGGUUCUUAUUUAUCUUGAAACACUAGUAUCAACGGCUUCGGAGAUUUUACCACUUGAAGCUCUGUACAAGGUUGUCUCUGGUGCAGUGGGCCACAUCUCGGACUCGAUAAUGACAACGCUUCUGAGCGACGGCGUGAAAAGGUUAACGAUGAGUGCCGUUUUAGGCCUCGACAUGGACCUGAAGAUGCUGGAGGCAUUUGCUGAUGAGAAAUUCCACAUCACCGGGCUGGCAGAUAUGGGGAAGGAAACGACGUUCAGGGAUUGCUUGGUUGAGAUAAGGCAGCUCGUCAACCUUCUGUCGAGCAGCCAGCCUGAGAACUUCAUGAAUCCGGUGAUACGGGGGAAGAACUACGGAUCGCUGGACUACAAGAAGGUUUCCAUCAUUGUCGACAAGUUCAAGGACUCGGCAGACGGGCUGUUUGGAAGCCUUUCCAACCGCAACACGAAGCAGAAUGCUCGCACGAGGUCCUUGGAUGUUUUGAAGAGGAGGCUCAAGGAUUUUGGCCAUUGA